AUGAUUUUUACCGAAACAGCAUUUUGUGGCCCAGGCCCCAUGCUGUCCGUAGCUGUUUUCCUCUCUGAUACCAGCCAGGUGGCCCCAUCCCUUUCACUCCCCUCCUCACCCCUUCACAUGACUUCAGCCUUUGGAUUCUCAGCCCCUGGCUGCUUUCCACAUUCCACUGCUCUUUCAGAACCCAGGCAUCCCGACCUCCAGCUGAAACCGCUGCAUGUGGCUCCCCCACCCUGGCCCCGUGACUCAGGCCUUCUGAAGGGACCAGCCCUCUUCUUGGCACUCACCAGGGAGGGGAGCAGGGGAAGGGGGGCCAGGUGGUGA